GAAUAUUUUCCCCUCCAAUCUGGUGUCUGCUGCAUUCCGCUCUGUACGCCCCUGUGGGCAUCCUGUUCCUGGUGGCCAGCAAGAUUGUGGAGAUGGAAGACAUCCGCCAGCUGUUCAUCAGACUGGGCAAGUACGUCCUGUGCUGUCUCCUGGGCCAUGCCAUCCACGGGCUCCUGGUUCUGCCCCUCAUCUACUUCCUCUUCCCCCGCCAAAACCCCUAUCGAUUCCUGUGGGGUAUCAUGACGCCACUGGCCACGGCUUUUGGGACCUCUUCUAGGUGCCAGCCUGGUCUGUGUAGUGAGUCCCAUGGCGGUUAUGUAGCGAGACCCUAUCUCACAGAACAGCUUUUCUCGUGGGAGAAGGCAAGCCACCUGGGCCCUGGUCUCCUGCUUCUUGCUUCCCUCUCACCUUGCUGCUGUUUGUGCCCCUUUAGGGACAGGUCCUGUACCAUCAUCAAUGUGGAAGGUGACGCCUUCGGGGCCGGACUGCUUCAAAGUUAUGUGGAUCGAACCAAGACGCCGAGCUCGGAGCCUGAACUGAUCCAGGUGAAGAACGAAACGUCUCUGAAUCCACUGCCCCUGGCCCCAGAGGAGGGGAACCCCCUUCUCAAGCAGUCCCGAGGUCCCGCCGGGGCCGCUGCCGCGUGUGAAAAGGAGUCUGUCAUGUGAAUAGCAGGAGGGGCUUUCUGUGCCCUGGUGGCGUCUCAUUGGAAGUGGAUAUCAUGAGGGCUGGAGAAACUCCAGGGGAGGAGUUUACACAGACCGGGAAACUAGGGGUCCCUGUCUCCUUCCUGGAACGGAUAUCCGGGGGCCUCAUUGCUGGGGUACAGUGCUUAUAUAUGAUUGUCUCCACAUACCUUCCCCCAUCCUGGCUCCCACUCAAGGAGACGACAUUCUCUGUCACCCAGAGCCAUCCAGCCUACCUGUCUGUCUACCCACUAGAGAUCUCUUUCCUUUGAAGACAAGUGAUUUGAUGCUACCUGAUGGCCAAAGCUGUGUGUGUGUGUGUGUGUGUGUUUGGUGUGUGGUGUGUGGUGUGUGUGCUCAUGCCAUGCACACUGUGACCUUCCCAGUAGUCCCUUUAUGACAACAAACACUCCCCAACAAAGUCCCAAGGGAAAGCUAAAGAUGAAUAUUGUCACUCCAGAUCACAUUUUUUAAAGCAAUAAAAUGGCAUCAAAUGUAUGAAAUGAAGAGUACCAAGAAUCUAA